AUGGACCCCACAGAAGGGCCUGUGCUCUAUCAGAAGCUACUGCUGUGGGAGUCAAGCCUGGAGGUGGAGGAGGAGGAGGAGGAAGAAGAAGAAAGGGAAAUCUCACAGCCACUGGUUCCCAACCCCUGGAGGCCGCAGGACUCUUCUGGGAACAAGCCCAGUGGGCUGCCCGGGGCCUGGGCCCGACUAGCAGCUAGCCUGCUGCUGCUGGCCAUUAGCGGCUCCCUGGCUGUGUGGCAACUCCAAACUAAGGGCGGCUUGACAGGAAACUUGGGCUCUGUGGCCCCUCCUCCCAGCGGACACUCCCACAGCCCAGGCGUAUACCACCACAGCGCCAUCAUCAGCCCUGCAGCCACAUGCUCUGACCUGGGACGAGAGCUGCUUGUUGCUGGGGGUAAUGUCGUGGACGCAGGUGUUGGAGCUGCUCUGUGCCUGGCAGUGGUACAUCCUCAUGCCACAGGGCUAGGUGCCACAUUCUGGGGCCUCUUCCACAAUAGCUCCUCCGGAAAUUCGACUGCCCUGACGUCAGGCCCAGCGCAGACUCUAGCCUCCAACCUGGCAUUACCUGCAGCUCUACCCACCCUGCACUUGAUACAUGCACGCUUCGGCCGCCUGCCCUGGCCACGGCUGCUGGUGGGCCCCAUUGCCCUGGCUCAAAAGGGCUUCCUGGUGGACACAGCCCUGGCAAAGGCUCUGGCAGCUCAGGGCACAGAAGGCCUCUGUCCACUGCUUUGCCAUGCUGACGGGACACCCCUGGGUCCUGGGGCCCGAGCCACCAACCCAAAACUGGCAGCUGUGCUACAGGGGGCAGCACUCACCCCCACCUCAGACCUUGCUGGGGAUGCCCUGCUGAGUCUGCUGGCCAGAGACCUGGGGGUAGAGGCACCCUCCGCUGGGCCCAGGCCCACCUUGGAGCCAGCAAUGAGGCUACCUAUGCCCCAGGGCAUCCUGUUCACCACCCCUAGCCCCUCAGCUGGCCCAGAACUGCUGGCACAGCUGGAGACAACCUUAGUCUCUGGGGCACCUAGCCCUGAUCCCUGCCCACCAUUCCUGCAAACUACCACCACCCCUGCCAGCAGCAUCCUGGCCACCGUGGACAACAGUGGCUCCAUGCUCCUUCUCAUCUCCUCACUCAACAGCUCCUUUGGCUCCGGACACCUGUCUCCAAGCACUGGGGUUCUGCUUAGCAACCUGGUGCCUGGGUCUGCAACUAGCACCUGGGCCUGCCCACUCAUCCUCCAUGGCAGCCCAGAUGACACCGAGGCUGAAGUGUUUGGAUGGGUAGCUUCAGGGACCCCUGAUGUGGCCAGAGCCAUAGCUUGUGCCUUAGUCAGCCAUCUGGCUGGGCCCCAGAGCCAGACCCAGCAAGAACCAACAGAGAGUCCUAAAGCUUGUGGCCAAGGAACCUUGCUCCAGGUGUCAGCCCAUGCAGAGCAUGCCCAUGUCUCCAGUGUCCCCAGUGGCUGCUGCCCCUUCCAGGGAUUCUAA